UUGGAAAGUGAACUUAUGGUGAAAGGGGAAAGAUUUUGUCCUUUGGUACGAACAUCCGAAAGGGGGAAAUUGAAUAUAGGAUUGGGAAAAUUGGGAAAAUUGAAUGUUGGCAACACUUGUUGGUUAACGAUUAAAGGAUCAUUCAAAUAUACGGACAAGUUGUCAAAACUUUGUAAUUUUACUAAAAUGGUUCGUAGAAAGUCAUCGGUAAGCAGACUGUCAAAUAGGCGGACCCAGUCUUCAAGAAGGACUGAACCACCGGAGGGUUUCAACGAAAUUGAGAGUUAUAAAUCUUCAGCUAGGACAAAUACGGCAAGAACACCAAAACGACGCUUUCGUCCCGGUGUACGGGCUCUUAUGGAAAUAAGAAAAUUUCAGAAGAGCACACAUUUGCUUAUACCAAAGUUGGCAUUUGCAAGAGUGGUAAAAGAAAUUAUUAUGGCUUUCAUUCCUGAAAACUACAGGAUUCAAGCACUGGCUCUUGAAGCACUCCAAGAGGCUGCUGAAAUGUAUAUGGUUCAGUAUUUUGAAGACGCGAUGUUGUGUUCUGUUCAUGCGAGACGUGUCACACUCAUGGCCAACGAUAUGCAGUUAGCCCGACGGAUUCGUGGACAUUCCGAUACUAUCAACUUGUGAUUACGGUACAUUACUUGUUAUUGUUCAGAAAGACAAAUCUGCUGAAACAGUGGGUGCCAGUAUUCAUGAAUUCCAAUUAAGUUGGCGCAAAGCUAUGGGUGACCAGCAACAGAACUUUGCAUGUGAAAUGUGUGUCUCCUGUCUGUCUGAUAUUUUUCUGGUACAUUGUUAUUUUAGUUCACUACAGAAUUGCAAUAAAGUUUAAUGGGAUGCUGUGAA